UCGUCUAUUAUUACUUACAUUUGGUUUGUAUAAAAUAUCUGCAAUAAUAAAUGUCAAUACGUGUUAAUUGUUUACUUAAUAAUAAUUUUUGAAUUUUCUGACAAUGAGAGUGUGAUAAAACUUAAAAAAUGAGCGUAACUUUACAUACAGACGUUGGUGAUAUUAAAAUAGAAUUAUUUUGUGAGUCGUGUCCAAAAGCAUGCGAGAAUUUCCUUGCACUUUGUGCAUCAGAUUAUUACAAUAACUGCACAUUCCAUAGAAACAUCAAGGGAUUUAUUGUUCAAACUGGAGAUCCAACGAAUACAGGAAAAGGUGGCACAUCUAUUUGGAAUAAAAAGUUUGAGGAUGAGUUUAAAGAGGAAUUAAAACACAAUGCCAGAGGACUUGUUUCAAUGGCUAAUAAUGGGCCAAACACGAAUGGUUCGCAAUUUUUCAUUUUGUAUGCCCCACAGCCACAUUUGGAUUUAAAGUAUACUCUUUUUGGAAAAGUCAUCGAUGGUUUUGAUACUCUAGAACAAUUGGAGAAAUUGCCAGUUGCUCCAAAAAAUUUUAAACCACUUACAGAUACGAGGUUGCUUACAGUAACGAUACAUGCCAAUCCGUUAGCACAAUCGUGAAAACAACCUGGUCGGACGGCAAACACUUGGUGUUGUCAGAGGUACGUCCAUAUACACCAUCCAGAUGACUCGCUCCAGUUAAUGAAGAACAAUACGAAACAUCAAUUUUUUUAAGUAACCGCCUUUUAUGUGGUUUUUCGAGUAAUUUACAGUAGAAAUUUUUUUCAUUAUUUACUGGUACUUUUCAAUUGGGCAGUAACAUGGUGGUAUCGGUACCACCAACAGUAGCCGAUCGGACCUGCCGUAACAUUUCUUAAAAACGAAUAAAGUGAAGAUUGACUAUUUUAUCGACAAUUCGAUCAACUUAUCUAUGAAUGCUCCGGAAUUUCUUCAAUUCUGUUAUUUUCAGGAGAAAGUCGAACCUAUCAAGUACGAUUUAAAAAGGAAACAGCGAUUUUCUCUCAAGGUUUAUUUGUAAAAUUAUUUAAAAAGUUGUACACAAUGUUAUAAUGUUAAAAACAUUUACUCUUCA